AUGAACCUUUCUGAAGAUGUCGAUGAAAACGAGCUAAUCGAUGCUUUCGAUGCUUUAGAACCUAACGUUCCAGUCUCUACCAAGUCUUCUUUCAACACGUCUACGCAGCAGAAGAACGCGUUUGAUAGACAACCGACGCGUUCAAAUGGCCAGGAAUGCCACAUGAAGACUAAGAUUCCAGUGGUAUACCCGACAUUUAACGAUUCGAACCAGGAAGUUCCUGUCGUAACUGCAUCGACAUCGUCUCAACCAAAGCAGCAUCAGAUGAUUCAUUUGAAAGAGCAGAAGUGUGAUACAUCUCUUCCUGCUCAACGUCAACGAGAGGAACAAGUGAUGACGGAGCUUGAUCUAGAGAGAAAACGACAAAGAGUUGAACGCGAAAUGCGAAUAUACCAAGAACGGUUUGAUUACAUUGCACAAGCACUGGCAGGUAAAACUCCACAUCAGAUACAAGAGCGCAAGAAGCGCGAAGAGGAACGAUUACAGCGUCAGGAAAGACGACACGAAGUUGUGAAGACGCGUCUGCAACAUCAGCUCAAAGAUGUAAAGGAAAAAGAAGAACACCGAGCUCGACUUGAAACGAGACACCGUCAAUCGAGUAGAAGCUUAUCGAUACGUAGCGACCGUGAGAGGGACCUAGCAAACUAG